AUGGCGUUACUCACCCAUGUGCUGGCAUGUGUCUUUGGGACAGGGUCUUGGAUGGCCAUCAACGGCGUGUGGGUAGAGCUCCCCUUGCUGGUGAACAAACUCCCUGAAGGCUGGUACCUUCCUUCCUACCUCAUCAUCAUCAUCCAACUGGCCAACAUCGGGCCUCUUUUCAUCACCCUCAUGCACAAGCUAAAGCCUGGCAUGCUGAGCGAGGUGCCUGUCAUCUGCGUGGUGGUUUCUGCAGGAGCUGUGGCCUGCUUCCUCUUGGCUUUCUUCUGGGAUUAUAUCACACCUGUGGCUGGACGGAUGCACAGCACCCCCUUCUUUAUUCUGGCCUUCUUCCUAUCGCUUGUAGACUGUACCUCUUCUGUCACCUUCUUACCUUUCAUGGCACGGCUCCAUCCUCGCUAUGUGACUACUUUUUUCAUUGGUGAAGGACUCAGUGGCUUAAUCCCAGCUCUUUUUGCCUUGGCCCAGGGGGCAGGAAUUGCAAAGUGUGUCCAGGUGGAAGCCCCAGAGAAUGCAACAGUCAGCAACACAACCUUGCGGAACAUGACUGCUGAAGAUGUCCAUCACCACAUGGCAACUCGGUAUUCUCCUGCUAACUUCUCCAGCAUGGUCUUCUUCAUCAUCCUCUCCGUCAUGAUGUUUUCCUGUCUUGUGGCCUUCUUCUUCCUCAACCGGUUGCCCAAGGUGUGGGAGCUUUCGAAAGAGAACCUCUGUGCCAGUGACAUCACUCUCAAUGCUAUCCAUAAGAUUCCUGUGGAUGGGCAAGGACCAACAAAUGUAGGGUGCUUCUCAACCAUUGAUGCAAAAGUGCCAAGCACCACCAAAGGAAAAGAUGAUAAAGAUCCGGGAACAGCUGCCUACUCCCAGACCAAGUUCAUCUUCAUAUACCUUCUUGUGGCGUGGGUGAAUUCAUUGACUAAUGGGGUCCUCCCCUCUGUGCAAAGUUACUCAUGCUUGCCUUACAGUAGCAUGGCCUACCACCUAGCUGCCACACUGAGCUCCAUAGCCAACCCUUUAGCAUGCACCGUUGCCACAUUUCUGCCCAGCAGGUCUCUCCCUGUCUUGGGUGUCUUGACAGCCACUGGAACAGCCUUUGGGGCCUACAACAUGGGCAUGGCUGCCCUGAGCCCUUGCCCUGUCCUGCAGCACUCAACCUGGGGGGAUGUUCUCAUUGUGAUCUCCUGGGUCUUCUUCACUGGGACGCUGACUUAUGUCAAGGUGAUGAUGGGGGUGAUCCUUCGAAGCCACAGCCACAGCGCCCUCGUGUGGUACGGAGCGGUGGAGCAGCUGGGCUCCCUGCUGGGAGCACUGACCAUGUUCCCUUUAGUGAACAUCUACAGCCUCUUCAAAUCGGCAGACUUCUGCAGCUUCCAGUGCCCAGCAUGACCUCAGAAGGAAACAGGGGCUCCAUUGGUCAACCAUCAGGCCCUUGACUAGU